CGGGCUGUAACACAACAAAACGUGGAAUAAACCAAGGGUUAUGAAUACUUUCUAAAGGCACUAUGUCUCCAUCUGAACAAUGGGAUUCGUUGUCCACAGAGUGGAACUAGCAGGCUGUCGCUCUGUAUUUGAUUGAGUUACCCUUCCUAUGACGGAGCGAGGGUUCUGAAAUUGACUUGUUGGUUAUUUUAAUGAGCGACCAGACGUCUCGCCGGGGGCGGAAGAUUGUUGUUGAAUUUUUUUUCUCGCUUCUCACUAGCUAUCCUCGGCUGGCCAUUUGAUUUGUCUCCAUACAGAUUGUCAAAGGGCAGGAUGUCAGGAUGGAUGAUGGCCCAGCCCUGCCAGACAGCUUGGUGCUUGAGAUCUUCCUGCGUCUCCCUCAUGACACUGUGCUGAGUGCUGGCCUGGCCUGCAGACAGUGGUUGGCAGUGUCCAAAGAUGAGUUCCUGUGGAGGGAGCUGUUCUACAGCUACUAUAGGAUCCCCCGCUCUGUGCCCAGACACCCUGCUUCUCUGUCAUGGUACAGGGAGUUCAAGCGUCUGUUUGACUGUAUCCCCUGUGUGGAGGUCCAGACUCUGAAAGAGCACCAUGACCAGGUCCUCCACCUGGCCUUCUCCCAUCGCGGACACCGCUUUUCCUCCUGCUCCAAAGACUGCACCGUCAAGCUUUGGGACACAGAGCGGCCCGAUGGCACCAUCACCAUGGUGCACAGCUCCAGCAUGCGCCAGUUCAACUGGGGCUACACCCAGUUCUCCCAGUUCAACGCUGACGACACCCUGCUACUGGUGUCUGGAGUCUACCUGGGCUCUCAUCACUCCUCCUCUGGGGAGAUCGCUGUCAUCAGCUUGGAGAACUACACCCUCCUGUCACGUGUGAGGAACAAGCCCUAUGAUGUGUUUGGCUGCUGGCUGAACGAGACUCACCUCAUCUCUGGCAACCUGCACUGGAUCGGCAACAUGACCUCCUGCUCUGUGCUCUGGCUCAACAAAGCCUUUCAGGAUGUGGAGUCUGAAAAUGUCAACGUGGUCAAGCGGCUCUUUAAGAUCCAGAACAUCAACGCCAGCACUAUCCGCACCGUGAUGGUGGCCCACUGCCGGCGCCACGACUCCCCAGACCUGCUGCUGGACUACGAGGCCCAGGGUCAGAGCCAGCCCCUGAGUCACCAACCCCUGCUUUUUGACCUGGGCACCACUGACAGUGAGGAGGAUGAGGAGGACGACGAAGAGCGCCGGCGGGAGAUGAGACUGCAGGGUCUGUCAACAGCCCAUCUCCCUCAGCUCACACCCUCUGGGCUGGAGCAUGUCAUACAGGGUUGUCACAGUGAGGCCUCAGAGGCGAGGGAGCUGGAGACCAAGUGGGCCCGGCUCAUGGCUAGAACCCACACCAAGGCCCCAGACCCCAACGUGCUCUCCUCGGCCCCUGGGGACGAAGAGGAUAAGACCUACCUGCUCUUCACCACCGGCAGCCUUACCUACUCCCCCCACCAGAUCGGCAUCAAGCGGAUCAUGCCUGACCAGAUGACCACGUCUGGGCCUGUUUUGGGGGAGGAGCGCAGCACUGACGAGUUCUUUGACUCUCUGGACCAUGUGAUCGACAUUCAUGGCCACAUCAUCGGCAUGGGUCUGUCUCCAGACCACAGGUAUCUGUAUGUGAACAGUCGUGCUUGGCCGGCGGGCUGCGUGAUCUCUGACCCCAUGUCUCCGCCCCCCAUUGCCGAGGAGAUCGACCUGCACGUUAUUGACCUGAAAAGCCUGCGGGAGGAGAGACGGAGCCUGAGGGCCCACCGAGCCUUCACGCCCAACGACGAGUGCUUCUUCAUCUUCCUGGACGUCAGCAGAGACUUUGUGGCCAGUGGUGCAGAGGACAAACACGGUUACAUCUGGGACCGCCACUACAACAUCUGCCUGGCGCGGCUGCAGCACGACGACGUGGUCAACUCUGUAGCCUUCAGCCCGGCCGACCAGGAGCUGCUGCUCUCCGCCAGCGACGACUCCACCAUCAAGGUUUGGCGCUCGCCACGCAUGGUCCGCCUGGCCCAGACGCCCGCCCGCCCCCCACGGCCACGCAGCCUCCUCUCCUGGCUGGGCCGCAACAAGAAGACCACCUCUGUCAACGGGAAACCCUGAGACAGGCGGAAGGGGACUGGAGAUAGUGGGGGAAAAGACUCAUGGGUGACGCACUCUCCAGUAGUUAUCUUCAGUGUGGGCAAAUCACACUUUUACCUUGAACUCACUGUGUUAUGGCUGCCUACACAUUGUGGUACAUGUGAGAGCUGGGGUAAGCCAGAAGGAGGUGCAACAGUCCUUUCCAUAAAUGUCAUUAUUUAAGGUGACACCUAGCAAGGUGAAUUGCUCCUACAGUGAAGAUCAGACAAGUUCCUCCUGGACCUUUGCAAAGUCUGGGGGGUGACAUUCAUUUUAUUUAACGAUCAUGUUUCCAAUUAUUGAAUGAACUACUGGAGAAGAAACAUUGGAGAGGACUUCAGGAGAGAAAAUGAUUGUUUGGUCACUAAAGGAAAAGGAGACACUAAAAUAUGGUCAAAGAUCACCCCAUUUCUUGUCUUUGGUUUUUAAGUAUUUCGCUCUGUCAAUACGAGUAAUUAUAUAUAUUCUUUCACGUUUUUUUUAUGUUGGGUUGUACCAUCACAUUAGUGAUGUCCGCAGAUCUGCAAUCAUGACAUCUGAAAUGACCUCUGAUUGGAGAGACCUAUCCCAGCUCUCGUCAUGCAUAAAAACGUGUUGUAAAAGUUUGUUUUUAAAUGUCUGCUUUUUGUUUUGUUUUCACUGGCUAUUCUGCAACUUUACGCCAGCUUUGAGUGACUUUUUAAAAAAUAAAUAAGAAAUUUCUAUCACUUUCAUGAUAGGUUCAA